AUGCUCUAUAACGCUUUAUUCUCACUAACGGCGAUCAUGUUUUGUCUUAGCCUUAUCCUCGUGUACAGGGUCAGAGUUUUAGAAAGAGAUCUUUACAAACUCCAAGGGGACAUAAGUCAGCAAUUGAAUCAACAACGUUCUGAGGGAGUCCACGGGAAAUUGGCCAAGAUGUCUAAAACAAGUGAGGACAUGAAGCAAAGUGUUUUCCAAAGAGCUCAGAGUUCUCUGAAGAGCUUUUCUGGGAGAGUUAAAAGGGAGCAGAGCAGCUGCAGAGCUCCCACAUCAUUCCUGCAGUUAAGAGCAAUCGCUAGCAAACAACCAGACAGAAGAGGAAAUAUAACGGUGAUCCCCUGGACUGUUUCUGCGCAGCGAGGAAAUACAAUUUCACAGAGAGAAAAUAGGAUCGUUGUCCAAGAAGAUGGUUAUUACUUGGUGUUUGGACAAGUUUUGUUUGAAAGUCAAAGCACAGUUAUGGGUCAUGUCAUUCAAAGCUGGAGCUCUACUGAGGCAGAGACCAGACCUGUAGAGCUCUUGCGUUGCCUGCAGGAUAUAAAAGAGGGAGCUGAGGACAAUACAUGCUACACAGCAGGCACUGUGCACUUGCUACGGGGAGAAGAGCUGGAAAUGGUGAUCCCUGUUCGGCCAUCUGCACUCAUCUCUCUUGAGGCUGACUCAACAUUUUUUGGUGUCAUAAAGCUCAACUGAAAAAAGCCCAAGUGAAUAAAUAUCGUUGCUGCAGGAAGUGGGAAGCUGACACUGAACUGUGUGAAGGGAUUGUGAUAAACCGCUAUCAGCAACAGGAAAACAGCUGGAUACAUUUACGUGUACUGAAAGCUGACCGUUUACUGAUAGUAAGGAAGUGUAAAAAGCUUUACAGUGAGGUUAUCUCUAUGGAAGAAUUAGCCGAGCCUUUAACUUCAGCAACUGUCUAGUGUAAAGAGAAAAAAAGAACUGUUUCCAUAUGUGAGAUCAGAUUUGACAAUGUUUUGAAAAUAUGGAGAGGGGAAUUGUUGACAACGUUUGAUUAUUCAGCCCUGAAUGCUUUCUCCUGUUCUGCUGUCCACGCACAUUGUCCAUUUAGAAUAACUGUAAUGAAUGGAGGAAUGCUGAUUGUGUGUCUCUGUAACAUUUUCUUUAUUGAUGUCAUCAUAUUUUCUUUAUUUACAGUAACCUAAUUUCAAAGGAUGCAUUAAGCUGUGCACUUUGAUGAGGUUCACAGGGUCUUACUGUAAAACGAGAUGCAGGCCCGCAGCACCACAGACCUU